GCAGCUGAGCAGCCCCAGUCAGCGCCGCAGAGGGAGGAGCGUCGUCAGCUGACCUCAGACGAGGGGCGGGGGGUUUACCGCAUGCUCAGUGCCGGCUGCCACUGUCUUCUGCUGACGCCCAGUAGUUUCACUCCAGCCACCGUGAGACAAAGUCAAUAGUAUCUUCUGGGCUGCUCCUUUAAACUGCUCGGGCGCAAAUGGCUGCACCUCUGAAAGUGUGUAUUAUUGGCUCUGGAAAUUGGGGCUCUGCAAUUGCGAAGAUAAUUGGAAAGAAUGUCCAGAAAAUUCCGAAAUUUGCUAGAACAGUCAAUAUGUGGGUCUUUGAAGAGCUGGUUAAUAACAGGAAAUUAACUGAAAUUAUAAACCAAGAACAUGAGAAUGUUAAAUAUCUGCCUGGAUAUAAACUGCCUGAAAAUGUGGUUGCUAUUCCAGAUCUGAAGGAUGCCGUACGUGGUGCAAAUUUGCUAGUUUUUGUUGUGCCCCACCAAUUUAUCCGCAAAUUAUGUGAUGACAUUGCUGACCUAGUGCCACAGAAUGCUCUUGGCAUAAGUCUCAUCAAGGGAAUUGAUGAAGGACCUGAAGGAUUAAAAUUAAUUUCUGAUAUAAUCAGGGAAAAAAUGAAAAUUGAUGUCAGUGUAUUAAUGGGGGCCAAUAUAGCCAAUGAGGUUGCAGCAGAGAAGUUCUGUGAAACUACAAUAGGCAGCAAAAAUGUACAAAAUGGAAACGUAUUCAAAGAGCUCAUGCAGACAUCCAGUUUUCGUAUAACUGUGGUGGAGGAUGCAGAUACAGUGGAACUGUGUGGAGCAUUAAAGAACGUUGUUGCAGUUGGUGCUGGUUUCUGUGAUGGGCUACUCUGUGGCGAUAACACCAAAGCUGCUGUAAUUCGCCUGGGUUUGAUGGAGAUGAUUGCAUUUGCCAAGCUCUUUUGCAAAGGAACAGUGUCUGUUGCGACUUUCCUGGAAAGUUGUGGUAUUGCAGAUGUUAUCACAACGUGCUAUGGAGGGCGAAACCGUAAAAUUGCAGAAGCUUUUGUAAAGACGGGAAAGACCAUUGAACAGCUGGAACAGGAGAUGCUUAAUGGCCAGAAACUCCAAGGGCCUCAGACGUCAGCGGAAGUGCACCACAUUCUCAAACAAAAGUCAUUGGUGGAUAAGUUCCCUUUGUUCACAGCAGUGUAUCAAAUUUGCUAUGAAGGCAAGCCAGUGGGAGAAUUGAUAGCCUGCUUGCAGAGCCAUCCAGAACACAUGUAAAAUUGCAUUAAGGUGGAUUACACAGAGUGUUCCUCGUGCAUGGGGCUAAUGCUAAAUAUUGACGUGUGGAUCACCAACUAAAGAGAUCGUGCUUGACUAGAUUGCUAUGAAGUAGAUUAUGUAACAUGAAUCGGUUAUAUCAAUGGAGAUUCCAUUAUAUUACCAGUUAAUGUUGUGCAAUAUUGUGGUGGACAGAGAUGAAUAUUCAGUCAAAAUGCCAUAGUGAACAAAUGACUUAAAGUAUUAAUCUGAGUGCCUAUUCAUAAUGGAAAUACUGUAGCUUGAUGGUUUGCAUAAAUGUUUGCUUGAACUUCAUGCCUAAACAUACAUGGCAUAACCAAAUUUAGUUAUUUGGGUAUUGUCGACCAACAAAUUCAAGCAUCAAAUAGCUCAUGGAAUAUCAGGUAUACUAACUCUGUCACUUGACUACAGUAUAGUGUCUAACCUUAUUUUUUUUCCAAAAAUGUUAAUUUUAUUAGUUAUUUUUAAUAUAUAAUUUGUGAAAAUCCAUAUUUUAAGACAGUUCUGUAAUUAUGAGCAUGUUGAUGUUAACUAUAAUUAAUUGCACACCUGGCUUAUUGUAGGUUUUAGCCCAGAAGUAAAAUCACUUUCCCUGGUGAGAUACAAAUAGACCCUCUCAGAUGGGGGCAGUUUUGUUACUUUAUACUCUCGAUGUGUCCUAUAAUCUUGAAUUAUCAGUUCCUAAGUGUAAUUCUCAAACCUCUGAUCCAGAAGGCCAUGGCUUCAAGCAGCGCUCCAAAAAUUUGAGCAGUUAAAGUAUAGAUCCUUUAGUACAAUGUUUAUACUGUAAAAAUUAUAAAAUAAGAAACUACAUUUCAAAAAUACUUUACACUCUGCAGUCUCUCAUCAACCUGACCCUGCUGAUUCCUUUUUCCUCAGCACAUCCCACUCUCAAAUGGAUUUUUUGUCCCAAUGCAUGGCCUCCUGACUCUCGAUCUCUCUUUCCCUCCUCUCUCAACUGUGGCCUGGUCCCAAUCUCCGACCUACCCAGUAGCUACCCUCUCCAUUUGGCAAACUGCAAUGUCAAAUGGACAAAAGAAAAUGCUGCCCUGAAGCCAAGAGGAAAAUCAUUCUUCCAGGUUUCCUAACUGCAAAACAGUCCCCUGCCUCCACAAUGCAGCAACCAUCACUGAAUUUGUAGCCUAAUCAUGUGUAUAACGUAUUCUCUUAAAGCAUAGCUGGCCAUUUGGCCCAUUGGGUCCAUGCUGGCUCUGAGUACUCCCACUCCCUCACUUAUUUCCUUGCAGCCUAUAUUCUCACAUGUGCCAAUCAGCUUCUCCCUGUUUCUCCUACCAUACAUCUACACUAAGGGCAAUUUACAGUGGCCUAUUAAUGUAUCAACCAGCAUAUGUUUGGGAUGUGGGAGGAAACUAGAGCACUGGGCAGAAACCCACACAGAUAGUACUGGAGGUCUUGACGAAAUCCAGGUCACUGGAGCUGCACCACUGUGCUAUUCUGACUGAUAUUUUACUUUUAAGUGACCAAAUAGCUGAUUUUAACCUCUGACACAAGAGUAAGCUGGCAGGUGAGCAGGUAAAAUCAUCCAGGCUAUCUUUCCUGGUUUUAUCUUGUAGCCUGUGAUGCAAGGCCUGCCCAAAGAUGUCUGGUCCCAAAGGAUAACACUAGCCAUGACUGCAAUUUUAUCUUCCCAACAAGUGAUGAGAGUAGGAAGGAGGAUCCAGGGUCAGAAGAGACCACAUCAUAGAAUCAUAAAAAAGCAGAGCACAGAAACGGGCUCUUUUGGCCCACCACAUCCAUGUCAGCCAUGAUGCCUAUAUAUGCUAAUUCCAUUUGCCCAUAUUAAGCCUGUAUCCCUCUACACCUUUCUAUCCAAGUACCUGUCCUUGCGCCUCUUAAAUGUUGUAAUUGUAUCUGCCUCCACCACUUUCCAGAUAUUCACCAUCCUCUGUGAAACUUUUUAAAACUUGCCUUAUGAGGUACAUGGUUGCUUCUUUAGACAUGACGAUGAAGCCUUGGGUCUCCCCUGCCGUGGAACCCCUCCCAAGCCCACAUUCCCAACUGGCUUAAUGCACUUAAAUUGAGAUGUCAGUACCAGUACUUCACAUUAAAAUAGCAGGAGUCUUAUUUGCACGGGAAGAUCAAAUCACAAUAGAUCAAUAGCUUUGAGCUGAAGUAGAUCUGUAACAGUCUGCUGGUGCAAUGGAAUUUGGAAAAUUUUACUGGUCAGUUUCCAUAGCACACAAUAGACCAAAAGGCUGAGCAGAUGAUGUAAAAUAAAAAAUGCUGAUAACGCAGCAAAUUGUUGAACUAGGUCAAAGGAAGGCUUUAGAAACUGUGAGAGUGUGUGAAUAAAACGAGUACAGAUAUGCUAAUUACAGAUAUAGUGAGAAAGCUUCAACAUUUAAUAGCUUGAAAACAAAUUUGGAACAGUUGAAGAGAGGUGGGAAAUACUAUGCUUAGAUUUUUAAGAGAAAUUGUGAUAAGAAUUUUGACUGCGUGAACUUCCCUUGUGGUCGGUAAAAGUUGGUGAGAAAAUCUUACGCAGCUGCCUCAUGAGGUGCUGGGUAUGCCUUGGAGAAUUACCCCUUUUACUGGUUUUGAUUUAAAAACCACUGCUGCUGGGACAAAAGUAUUACAUCAUGCAUUAAAACUAACCUAUCUAAGGGGAAGUGGCCUCAUUUCCCUGAAAAAAAAAUGCUGCAUUUUUAGUGGCUUACUGCACCAGGGCAUGGAAUGAGGUGGACCCCAGGGAGGGAGGGAGGGAUGGCAUGCCCUAUCUGGCUGCUGCAAGGGAGGAAGCAGUUAGCAAGUGAGUUAACCAGGCUGAAAACCUCUCAGGAAAAGAAUUACUUGAUUUUUGCAAGAGAAAAUAAUUUGUAUAAUUUUAGAGAAGUAAAGAAAUGCACUUUUUUAAUAAACAUAUUCAGCUACCUCUGCAGGAAGUUCACUUUUUCUGGAGUUCAACUUUGUAUGAACUUUAAAGAUCCUUUGGGUGCCUUAUUCAUGAGGCCAUUAUUAAAGUAGUCUUCACUGCAGGAACAUUGUAGGUAAAUCUGGUCAUGUUUGUAAAUCAUCCUUGUAACAUAUAAUUUCAGAUGGGAUCACUGGCAGUAUCACCAGACCACUGAGACCAAUUAAAAGGUCCACAUUGCCACCCUGGCUUGGAUCACAAGUCAGCAUCAAACCUAUAAGCUUGUUUGUUCUGUGAGACCAUUUACUGACUAGAUUAAAUUUGAAGAUGUUUUAAAGCUAAUGAAAGUGGCAGAUUCCAGAAAUGAACACCAUGAGAUUCAGGAGGAUUUAAGUAUUCUCACAUUUGGGAAGAUAGUGUGAUUUGUCAGGUUACAGUACAGGUCUUUGUUUGUAGACUCUUAGAUCAGAUCUUACCCAGACUCACCAGAUGGUUGUUACUGAAAGUUUGAGACUUAAUUGAAGUCAGUUUAUCCAGCCCACUAAAUCAUGACCAGGAAUAAUAAUGGUCAUACCAUAAAAAUCUAACUUAAAUACAUCAGUAUUAUAAAAGGGAGGGAUAGUGUAUUGUUCUGGAAAUCUUGAUUCUUAUAUUUAUAAAACAAAAUUGCAUAGAAAUCGUACCUGGGAUGGCUUAAUUGCUUAGUGAGUAAGUGCAGUGAUAUUAUGCUACUAAACUUUUUAGACCAAGAAGAUCCAACAUUAUUCAAUGUUGAAUUAACAUUGAUAAUGACAACAACUCCCUCUUCUCUUUGAGAGUGGCAGUGGAUUGGAACAAUUUCCUUGGCAUUCCAAGGGUAAGAAUGGAAAUGAAAUUAGUCAACAAUCAUGCUUCCAGGCUCCAUUCAUUAAUUUCUCUCAGAAGGGCUGUAUGUGGGAACAGUGGUAAAUAUAGGCACCAAGUCUCUUAUUUAGCAUAUGAAAAGUGAACUGAAGAGAUUAAAUGGAGCACUUCUCUUGAGCCUUCAAAAGUGGGGGGAGGUGAUGUUUAAUGUCUAAAAACAAACCAUUCUAUUCUCAGCCCAGAUACUACAAAUCUAAAAUAGUAACAGAAAAUGCUAGAAACACCCAGUAGGUCUGACAGCAUCUGUGCAGCAAUAAAGUUUGAGACUGAUGACUUCCUUUUACAUGAGGCUUAUGCUUAUACUUUUAGAACAAUUUUAUUUAGGUCUCAAACGCCUUUUGAUUCAUUAAUUGAACAAGAUUCUUCUGAAGUGUAUUUGACAAUUGUGAUAAUCAGAAUCCAGGUACACUUAUGUGAAAGCACAGCUCCGAAGAAGUGACAAAUGUCUCCAACUGAGACCGAAGGCUACCAAUGAAGAAAGUGAAUUUUAAAACACUGCCAAAUAAGUAAGGUGUGCAACAAAUUCAUGAUACUGCUAUAAGUAACAAAAAAUAAAUUGUGAAAACAUUUAAAUUAUGAAUUAAGAUGUUUUACAAACGUAAUUUCUUAACUUUUUAACACUGCCGGGAGUGACAAUGUAAUUGUGCAACAUUGCACCAGAUAUGAUCUGUGGAAUAUCAUAAUUGUAAACUAAUAUCUCAAAAUAAAGAUUUUAAUUAUGCUGA